AGGGGGUUUUCAGCUGACGUCACGCUCACGUGACUACUCUGCGCGUCCGCCAUAUUGGGUGGCAGUCGUUUCGCUCCGUUGACCCGCAUUGUAUUACGCCUUAGGCAGUAUUGGAAGUGAACAAUGGUGAAAACGUGUUUAAUGGUUGGUUGCACGGCCCGUGGAGGUGGAGAACAACGCUCUUUCUUUCGCCUACCAGCCGUGAUAGCGAAUCAGUGCGAAAAAACAAAACAGCUGUCUGAACAACGCCGUCGCCUAUGGCUGACACGGAUAUCCAGGGCCGAUUUGGACGGUGUUAAGCUGGAAUACGCCAGAGUCUGCGGUGCUCACUUUGUCACAGGCAAACCUGCAGCACUCUUCGACUGUGAUAACCCAGACUGGGCACCGAGCCUUCUCCUAGGCCAUUCAAAGGUGAAACCAGCUUCAGACCUGACAGCAUCCCGGAAGGAGCGUGUGCAGCAGAGGGCUCAUAAAAGGAAGCUAUAUGAUGCUGCUGAGAGCCUUAUCUCUCUCAGCAAGUCAUUCAAGCCUAACAAGGACUUAGAAAUAUCAGGUGUGGAGCCACUACCCGAUACAGAUGAGACUCUGACGGCAGAACCGAAUUCUGUGGCCUGCCAAACAGAUAUAUCCAUGUCGCUCAUCGAUGACAUGCAGUCAGAACUGAAUAGACUGACACAGGAAAAUAUGGAAUUGCGGAUUAAGGUUGAGGAAUCUACUGUUUGUCAGAGGACUUUUGAAAAUGAUGAUGGCAAGGUUAAGUUUUACACUGGCUUGCCAUCAUUUACUCUUCUGAUGUUAUUGUUCAAUUAUAUUUCAGAUGAGUUAAUCUGUGGACCCAGUAGCUGUCUCAACAAAUUCCAGCAAAUGGUUCUUACUCUAAUGAGACUUCGUCUAAACUUAUCUGUACAGGAUAUUGCUUACCAUUUUAAUGUGUCCUGCCCUACUGUAUCUCGCACCUUCAGUCAUGUUAUCAAUGUCAUGUACCACAAUAUUGGAUUUCUUGUGAAAUGGCCGUCCAGGGAGGCAUUGUUUGAAAGCACUCCAAUGGAGUUUCGGAAACAGUAUGGUGUGCGUGUGAGUGCAAUUAUAGAUUGUUUUGAAGUAUUUACUGAUAGACCAACAGGUUUAAUGGCUCAAGCACAGACUUGGUCAAACUACAGUCAGUUUUAUUUCGGAAGCAUGGGGUGGGCGUACCAGUGA